AUGGCACCCCUUUCUGACGAAGAAAGUAACUACAUUCGAUUAGCCUUAUUAUUAUUAGGAGUGUCCCCGAGAGCAGUACGCUUGACUAAUUCCAGCAAUUUUGAUGUAACUUUGAUGAUCCUUUUGAUCAGAAACUUGACACCCGUUACUCCUCCAUUAACUGGAUUUGACAAGUUACCGACACAGGCCGAGACAUCACCGGAAUCUGAUUUAGCCAGGAUAAAAUGGUACCGGAACAUAUUAGCUCAUCUUAAUAGUGAUAAAAUAGACACUGUUUUUUUCAAUACAGCAUGGGGAGAUAUAAUAGAGGCUGUAUGUAGAUUGGGUGGUAAACAGAUGAAAGACGAAUGUCAAGAUUUAAAAGUAAAAAUUUUAGAUCAGUCAAAUCAGGAACUAAUGAAUGAGAUAAAAAAUUCACAGAGAGAGAUAAGAGAACUGCAAGAUAUAAUAAACCGGUUGCACAACAAAGUACGGAGGAAUUGCACGUCAGCUCUAGACAUAUUGGGUGGUCAAAUAAAGAAACAGUCAAAUCAGGAAAUUACGAUCGCAAUAAAAAAAGCAGAGAGAGAGAUAAGAGAACUGGGAGACAUAAUAGAACGGUUUAACAACAAACUAUGGAGGUGUCAAUCAUGUUCAGAUAUUAAAGACCUCACUGGUGAAGAAGUAAAAUAUGAGAGGGGAAACACACAAAUAGUAAUAGACCAAACUAAAGAUGAUUCUGCUGAACAUGAAGCCGGACACAUGCAUACAAAUUAUAAACUUGUUGAUGGGUUAAAUGGAAGUAAUGGCAGUAACGAAUCAUCUCCAUAUGCUGAAUUUGGAGAGGGGGUAAGAACAGAAAAUAGACCAGGCUCAAUGACAACUGGAGACGAAAAUGAAGCUUCUAGUCGAAUUACUGGGUAUUCUAGAAAUAGAAAUGAGACAAUGGAACAUCGUGGUUUUACAGAUAGUGGACCGUUUCAAACCAUUCCAGAAAACAGCUUUAACUCGACUGGAGAAGAAAAUGAAGCUUCUCGUCGAAUUACUGGAUAUUCUAAAAAUUGGGAUGGUUUAAUGGAACGUCGGUGUUUUACAGAUAGUGGACCGUUUCAAACCAUGCCAGGAGACAGUUUGGACUCGACUGGAGAAGAAAAUGAAGCUACUCGUCGAAUUACUGGAUAUUCUAAAAAUUGGGAUGGUUUAAUGGAACGUCGGUGUUUUACAGAUAGUGGACCGUUUCAAACCAUGCCAGGAGACAGUUUGGACUCGGUUCAAGCAGAAAUCGAAACUACUAAUCAAAAUACUAUGCAAACCAACUAUCAGAAUGAGGAAGGAGGAAACACGUAUUUUGGUGUUCAGAAUAUUCAAGAAGACAGUUGGGACUCGGUUUUCACAAUGGCUGACGUAACAUCAAGUGGGUUUAUGCUGAGACCUGGUAUACACGUUCCAACACACAGAUAUGACUUUCCUAAUUUCACUGACAGAAGGGAUAUACAACCAUUUCAACAACAGACGGUUCAAGAAGACAUUGGACCUACUAAUCGAAAUACUACGCAUAACAACCAUCAAAAUGAGGAAACAGGACAGAAUUAUUCUGGUUUUGAUGAUAUUCCAGGAGACAGUUGGGACUCGAUUUUCACAAUUCCUGACAUGAGACCAAGCGGGAUUAUAAGUAGACCUGAUAUACCCGAUCCUAUAUCCAGAUAUGUGAGUUUUAUUUGUGUUUAA